AUACUCAAGCCAACUCGAGGCACCUCACCAAACCAAACCAAGCGAAGAAAUGGCGGCCAUCUCCUCCACCGCCUAUUUCUCCUCGCAGCCGCAGCUCCCCGCCUCGACGGAGAACCCUAGCAGCACCAGUGGCAGGCUGCCAAGGACGCGCCGGAGCAGCAGCUUCGUGAUGGUCGAGGCGGCGGCCCACUCCGGCAGCGGCGGGGUGGUGAGGACGAGGAGCCUGACGGAGGAGGACCUGGAGGAGCUCAAGGGCUGCCUCGACCUCGGCUUCGGCUUCGCGUACCACGAGAUCCCCGAGCUCUGCGGGACGCUGCCCGCGCUCGAGCUCUGCUACUCCAUGUCCCGGAGGUUCCUCGACGAGCAGAGGGCGCCGGGGCAGGAGCAGGAGCCCGAGACGCCGCCCCUCCCCAACUGGAGGAUCUCUGGACCUGGUAGGAUGAGGGUAUGUUUGCAAUAUAUCAGGUGAUGAUCCAGAGCUAGUGAAGGCUAGGCUGAAGUAUUGGGCUCAAGCUGUAGCAUGCACUGUCAAACUCUGCAGCUAGUGGUGGCUGGAUGUCUGCUGCUUCAUCACAUAACGUGUAUGCUAUGACGGGCUAAACUGAAAGUUGGUUGGAGGUUGAAGAAUCUGCUUAUAUGGAUUUGGGAUAUGAGGAUCAAAUACUCCUCAGAAGGUGCUUGUGCUUCGUGGCAUCGAGGCAACAAUGCAACACAAGUGAUCACUGCUUUUGCAAACUUUGGAGGGGGAGGAAUCGUGAGUCAUGACAUCGGAACAGCGACAGAACUUGAUGCGAUCCAUGGUCUGAGCUUUUAUGAAAGAAUCAGACGCUUGUCGUUCCUCAGGAUGGCCUGCACAAUGCAGCGUUUGCAUGUGUAAGACCUGCUAGUUCUUUUUGCACCUCCUUGCAAUGCUAAUCGUUGUACACUUGUAAUGUACUGGGUGGAGUUUGGCUACUAAUCAAUGGGUUGAUUGGUUCCAAUAUUGUUUUGUGCUGUGCAAAUCUGUUCUAGUAGUAGAUAUUGUACGUCAUUUGCAUGAAUAGAUCUGCAGGUUAUGUGUA